CAUACGCAGCCGAAUGAGGAUCCGCACAAACGAAAACGCUCCUUAAGAUUGACACAAGAAAUUAACAUAACCUAAACAAAAACUUCAAGUGCUGAAGACGAGCAUGUUACUUUAAUAGAACAGAACAGGAUAUUUUAUUAUUAACUUUAGCUGAUCUAAGCUAAAAAUUAAGAAGAGUUAUUUGUAAACUGUAUCAUAAUCCAUAAUCUUAUAAUUCCAAUAUGGGCAAGAAAGGUAAAUCAAAUGUUUUAGGAAGGGCGCUUAUAAAAGACAAACUUCACUCUUCGCGUGGAAAAAAAUCAACCGAUUCGAUUUUGCAUACUGCUGAACUUGGAGAUGGCUAUGACUGGGCUUGCCUCAACGUUAAAUCCGUCACUGAGGAAGACUCACUUCAGGAGUUCUUGUCUACAGCCGAGUUGGCAGGAACUGAGUUUCAGGCUGAAAAGCUCAACAUAAAAUUUGUCAAUCCGAAAUGUGGAGUGGGACUUCUUUCCAAAGAUGAAAAGGAGAACAUGAAAAAGCUUCAACAGCAAAAGAAAAAGCUAUUGAAGAUUCCUAGAAGACCUGAGUGGAAUUCUGCUACUGCACCAGAAGAGCUGCAUCUUAAAGAACGAGAAUCAUUCCUGGAAUGGAGGCGAAGUCUUGCUAUGCUGCAGGAAGACGACGGUCUGAUCAUCACUCCAUACGAAAAGAAUCUCGACUUUUGGCGUCAACUGUGGAGGGUUGUUGAAAGGAGCGACAUUGUAGUUCAGAUAUUAGAUGCCAGGAAUCCUCUUCUAUUUCGGUGCCAAGAUCUUGAAAAGUAUGUGAAGGAAGUCAGCAAGAAGAAAGAAAAUGUGCUGCUUCUCAACAAGUCUGACUUCCUGACCAAACGACAACGUCAAAUUUGGGCCAGUCACUUCGACAGGGAAGGCACAAAAGUUGCCUUUUUCUCAGCUAAACAGACAACAGAAGCCAAUGAAUUGGGCACAAUUGAUGAAGAAAGUGAAAGCAAAUCAGCUGUAAACGAAGAGACAUUGGAUGCGAGCGAAGAGGAAGAAUGUAUAGGCCUAAGUGGUGGUGAUGGGCUGGAAAGUGAUGACGACGAUUAUGAAACCGAAUCAGAGAGUGAAAUUGAUGAAGAGGAGGCACAAAAAUUCAUAGAUAGAGAAAAAAAUUCGCCAAAUUUAUUGGGUCGAGAAGAGCUGAUAGCAUUUUUAAGGAAGCUGAUGCCACCUUUGACAGAUGAAGAACAUUCAGUGCCCACAGUUGGCCUAGUUGGAUAUCCAAACGUAGGCAAGAGCUCCACCAUUAAUGCGCUUCUGCAGGACAAGAAGACGUCCGUGUCUGCAACUCCAGGCAAAACAAAACAUUUCCAGACUCUGUUUGUGGACUCGGAUCUGAUGCUGUGCGAUUGUCCAGGCCUGGUGAUGCCAAGCUUUGUCUACACCAAGGCCGAUCUCAUAGUGAACGGCAUCCUGCCGAUCGACCAGAUGAGAGACCACGUGCCGGCGGUCAACCUGGUCUGCAGUCUGCUGGGGCGACCGGUGCUCGAGCACAAGUACGGCAUCAUGGUGGCGCGGCCAGGCGACGGCGACGACCCCCAUCGACCGCCCACCUCCGAGGAGCUCCUCAAUGCCUAUGCCUAUUCUAGGGGAUUUAUGACUCAGAACGGGCAGCCAGACAACCCCCGAUCAUCGAGAUACAUAUUGAAGGAUUUCGUGAAUGGACAACUGCUGUUCUGCCACGCCCCCCCGGGAGUGCCCCAGGCCGACUACCACACGCCAACAUUCACCACUAAGCCCAAGAGGCUCACUCCAGCCCAGCCAACCAGGCAAGCCGAGCUUGCUAGUAAACCUAUCAAGAAAAUUUCAACGGAAUGUUUAGACAAACAGUUUUUUAAACAGAUGUCAGUUGGAUAUCACUCAAAAGGAACUAAAAUGAUACCGUCAAACACAGAGAAUAA